AUGCACUCAAGUGGUGUGGGCCACACAAUGCUAGAUCAAGAAUUACAAGUCAGAUUCCACUCUAUUAAAAAUGUUACUUCUUCCAUCCUCGGUUUCUGUGCCUUUCAAAGAGCCUCCAGCAGGACUACGUUGGGCCAGCGCAUCCAGAGGUUCACAACCUCUGUGGUCUGCAGAUGCCACUAUGAGGAGGACCCUGAGAAGAAUUUGCCAUUUUCAGUGGAAAACAAGUGGCGGUUACUAGCUAUGACGUGUUUGUACUUUGGAUCUGGAUUUGCUGCACCCUUCUUCAUAGUAAGACACCAACUGCUUAAAAAAUAA